AUCGACUUCUCUACUACUACUUUUACUACUACUACUACUACUAUUACUACACACAGCGGAUCAACCAUCAUGUCGUCAUCUGGUCCGAUAAUCUGUUCACUGUUUGAUCCUAGUAAUGGAUACCUAGCCACCGCGCUUGUCGCCUUGGACACGCACCAGAUCAAGGUGCAAUCCGUCAACCCAUCUCAAUCGUCAUUAAAUGCAUCCUUCAACUUAGACAAAGCAAACAAGAUAACCCAGUUGCAAUGGAUAAACUCCAGUGUUCAACUCUUGGCCGUGUGUUUGACCAAGGGAUCCAUUCUUGUUUAUUCACCCCAAACCAACGAGAUUGUGGCCGAAUUGACCAGCAGCGCAAAUGUAUCCAUAACUGAUUUUCACUAUUCGAAAACUACCCAUACUGGAUGGUCCUCUGACAUAGAAGGCAAUGUGUAUGAAUGGAACAUGGACUCAUACACCCUUAUCCAAAGUUUCAAAAUCGGCGACGUGAUUGAAGGUGUCGACUCCAUAAAUCGAAUUUCUACCAUUGUAUACAAUGGCCAAGUGCACUUAUUAUUAGGAUCUCAUGCGAUCUACUUGGUGGACGCAGGAAACAAGAGAAUGGUAAAGACAUUCCCCGGCCACAUACAACCAGUGAAUAGUCUCGUUCCAGUUCCCGACCACCCAGAAUUGUUCUUGACUAGCGCCAAGGGAGACCGGUUUGUCAAUUUGUACCUGGUGGAUAAAGUAACCACCAAGGCUGUGUUUGUGUCGCUGUCGUCCGUAUUGGAGAUAUCUGUCGGGAUCAGAAACGACAAGUCGAUAUUAGUUGCUAUAAACGAAAACGGGAACUUGGAAGUGUUUAACGACCCAUUGUCCGACAGCAACAACACCACCACCACCACACCAAAGAAGAAAAAGAGAAAGCAACCACAAGGAACAACAUCUCGUUCAUCCAACGCCGCCAUCAAAUUAUCCCGUCCCGAACCAGAAAUCAAAAGUCCCCAGGACUCAAAUUUGCGCAUCAACUCCAUAUCCAUCAACGACGACUCCGUAUUGUUCACAUGGUUGGAAAAUUCAUCCAUCCCGUUCUUUGACAGCGUGCAAUGGAUAGACGAAACCGGAAAGUUCAGCCUUGAAUCGCAAACAAUUUCAAAGGCCAGACCAGACUUAAAAACCACCCAACAUACAGUGUCCGGGCACGACGUUGCCGCCGCUAAACUCUAUAGCGAGGGCCACGCCAUCGUCAGUGACGGAACCAACAUCCGCGACUUAGACAAGGACGAUGAAGAUGAAGGAGAAGAAAGCGAGCAAGAAGAAUCUCUCGCUGAAAAAUUGGACCGAUUGGCCAUGGACAAACCCAAACCAGCCAAGAAGAAACUCGAAGACGCAAGAACCGGGGCAUCUCUUGCUGUGAUUCUUUCCCAAUCGCUCAAGAAUAACGAUCAAAGUUUGCUCGAAACCGUGUUGACCAAUCGUGAUCCCCAAAUCAUCCAAAAUACCAUCUCCAGAUUGAAUCCGUAUUUAGCUGUGGUGUUGUUGGACAGAUUGAGUGAAAAGAUUCAACGUCAAUCUUCAAGGUUCGACCAGUUGAACUACUGGCUCAAGUGGAUUCUUGUCAUCCAUGGUGCAGUCAUUGCUUCUUUACCUAACCUUAGUGUCAAGUUGUCCAGUUUACACUCGGUCUUGAUCAAGAAGGCCGAUACCAUGCCAAGGUUGUUGGAAUUGCAAGGGAGGUUAAACAUGUUGUAUGAACAGAAUGAAUUGAAGAAUGAGCUUUUGACCGAAGAGUACCAAGACGAAGACCAUGCUGGUGAGAGUGAUGUUGAAUACAUUGAAGAACUCGAUGAUGCCCAAUUCAAUGGGGAAAUCGACGAGGAUGAACUCAUGGAGUUUGAAGGAGAAGAUGACUACAUAGAAAGCGAAGACGAAGAGGAGGAGGAAGAAGAAGAUGACGAUGGGGACAUCCCAGCAGUGGCUGAUUUGGAUGAACACAGUGAUCUAGAAAUCGACGCAUAGUAUUUAUAGACAAUAUACAUUACAUGUAAAAAACAUUUAGAGUUUAUACCCGGCUAGUCACAUGUUGAUGACAGCUCUGAUACAAUCACCGUGGUGCAUGUCAUCAAAAGCAGUAUUAAUCUUUUCCAAAGGAUGUUUGUGAGUGAUGAAUUCAUCAACCUUUAACUUACCAGCCAUGUAGUCUUCAACAAGGCCAGGUAAUUGAGAUCUACCUUUAACACCACCGAAAGCGGAACCCUUCCAUACUCUACCAGUCACCAAUUGGAAUGGUCUAGUGGAGAUUUCCUUACCGGCAGCAGCAACCCCGAUAAUGACAGAGGUACCCCAACCCUUGUGACAGGCUUCCAAGGCGUUUCUCAUGACAUUGACGUUACCAGUACAGUCAAAAGUGUAGUCACAACCACCAUCAGUCAUUUCAAUCAACUUGUCGACAAUGGUUUGGCCCUCUGGCAAAGUAGUUGGAUUAACGAAAUCAGUAGCUCCGAACUUGGUAGCCCAUUCUUGUUUCUUGUCAUUGAUGUCAACCACGAUGACCUUACCGGCUUUUCUUUGGGCAGCACCUUGAACAGCAGACAACCCGACACAACCAGCACCGAACACGGCAACAUUGUCACCUUCUUGGACAUUGGCAGUGAUGGUAGCAGCACCGUAACCAGUGGUGAUACCACAUCCUAACAAACAGGUUCUGUCGAACUUAGCUUCUGGGUUAACAGCAACCACGGAAAUGUCAGCAACAACAGUGUAUUGGGAGAAGGUAGAACAACCCAUGAAAUGCAAAAGGUCUUGGCCUUUGCAUUUGAAACGGGAGGUACCAUCAGGCAUGACACCCUUACCUUGAGUAGCUCUGAUCUUACCACACAAGUUGGUCUUGCCGGACUUGCAAAACUUACAUUCCUUACAUUCAGGAGUGUACAAGGCGACAACGUGGUCGCCGACCUUGACGCUGGUGACACCUUCACCUACGGAUUCAACAAUACCGGCACCUUCGUGUCCCAAGAUAACUGGGAAUGCACCUUCUGGGUCAACACCACUUAAGGUGUAGGCGUCAGUGUGACACACACCGGUGUUUAAGAUCUUGAUUCUGACUUCGUGGGCCUUUGGUGGGGCAACUUCGACUUCUUCGAUGGACAAUGGUUUGCCUGCUUCCCAAGCGACAGCGGCCUUACAAGUGAUAGUCUUUCCAACAGUAGAUUCGGACAUUGUGUAUAAGUAGAUGUGUUAUAAGGUAUUAAUUC